AAUUAUAUUAUUUUGGUGUUCCCAUUUUAGGAAAAGUUAGCUCAUAUUAACGCUGUCAUUAAACUUUUGAGGUGGAUGGUGGUGAGUAUAUACUCAUACAAUUAGAGCCCAUAGUGCAGUCAUUGCUGUGUAACUUGCAGCCAUUAUAGGCUAUUUAGAUUCUGCUUCACAGUUGGAAACAGGUUCUACAUUUCAAUAUAAUGUAAUGGGAGCUUUUUGUGAUGGCUGUCAUGCUCAUCACCCUGCUAUGGUUGGUUGCAACUAACGUCACCCAUGGUUUACAGAAACACAGGAGAAACCCAAUAUAUUUAGCACCUUUGGCAAUUGAGUAUCACCGUAAAUAAACAAACAAGGUGAGGGAUUUUAUCUUUUUCCGAGCGUUACAUCUACGUAAAUUUGCCGUUAAAACGAGGGAUUUCGAAUUCAUCUUAAGUUUUCAUAAUUAAGUCCAUUAUCAAAUGCUCAGAUUCUUGAUUUGCAUUCUUCUAUUCUGUAGACUGUGGGAAGAAUCCGAAACCUGCUGUAUCUGCGGAAACUGGAACAACCGACCAAUUGGAACUGUUGUUUCCGUUCUUUGGCUGCGAACGAAUGGCAUUCAUCCGUAGUUCAGAGGAAAUGUCAUCGAAGCUUUCUCUAUUUAUCUUAACAUCACGCCAUUUGUGCUUUCUACGUUUUGUCGAAUUGUGUUAUCGAAGAAAGUGGAGAAAAUGCAACGGUUAAAAUGAAAGUCUAGUUAACACGUUGAUGCAAUUGAAACAAUUGAUGGCACUUUUCACCAAGGAUUAUUCCUUACAAGUGUUAUAUCCGUUGUAAAUGAAAACAAACUGGAGAAAAUCAACUAAAUUAUAGCUAAAAAUGGAGGAAAAAAGAAAUGCGGAUGAUGAUCCAUGAUUCGGAUGAAUCUCAAUAAUGAGAGCAGUCCAAACGUUUAUUGGUAGGAACAAAAAUGUGAUUUUACUACUGUGAAUGGUUGCUCUUAGGGAUCGAUUUGAAGUUAACAUCGUUCCAGUGACUACGUGGAUAUACUCGAAUCGUGUGAGGAGACUGAGACAGAAUCAGAAUAUCAAAGAAGCAGUACUUGAAACUCGGUCUCUAACCUACUAUGGUUCCAGUCGACAUUCAGAACGUCAACCAUCAACUGCCGUCUCCGCCAAAAAAAAAGGGUGUUAUGCUGCUAAUUAUUUUCCAAUCAUCUAAAAAUUAUCGCUUGUGUUUAUGAAGCGAUUAAAAAUAGGCAAACCGGUAAAUUGGCUUGAGGCUAAAAGUCAAUCAAAUGUGUUUAAACUGUGAAAGUGCAAUCAUCACCUUGCCUGCAAUAGCAAAGAUGAAAGAAAGGAUGGCUGUUUUGUUCGUGUAUUUGUUGUGGGUGUGCUGUUGGGCCAAUAUCGGGGUAGCCGGGCAAAGUCAAAGCGAUACUGUUCAAGUGUACCAGAAAACCCCUUUGACGAAAUGCUGUAAAGAUGGCGAAUUCUACAGACCUGGAAUCGACAGGUGUUUGUAUAGGACUCACAUUCCCAAUCCGGGAUCAAGAAUCCCUGUGCUUUACGCAGUUGAAAAAGAGGAAACAUUCCUGGUGGACGCGGAUGAAUUCCAUUUGAGUUACAAGUUGGCUGCCUGUCGAAUAGGGAAAAUGGCUACCAGUACCAUGGAAUUCCAAGUGUUUGUCGACGGGUCGUUAAAGGUCACAGAUGCACUGGUUUUGCCACCUGGCCAGUUUUGUGUCAACGAAAUUCCAUCUGUAAAUCCUGCUAAUCCGGAAUUUGUCGCUCGUUAUUGCGUUAACGAUCCUUGUAUGGAGGACAAGACCAAAUGCCUCCGCAAGUGCUGUCCACAGGGAUUGGCCAUCGACAGUGCAACACACUCCUGUCGGGCUCAUCCUGCUUCAUUUAAUCUGUCCCAACUGACAAGGAAAUAUGGAGGACCGAUCGGUAUCGAGGACAAGAAUACUCUGACCAUUCACGCUGGAUUCGGAUUCAAAUGCCACAACGAAGACAUUGUUAUGGUUGAUAAUUUCGCCAUAAAUCACGAUGGAUUAAUGCAGCCCAAUCGCCAUUUUUACCACUUUGACAAAUCAGGCGACCGCCCAACUGAUAAAUACUGCAUCGACAACUUCGUUGAAGGAAACACAACUAAAAUGAUGGGACUGAGAUGCUUCCCACCGAUGCCAGAGGUUCCCGAAAGCCUCAUAAAGGCAUCAAGCAUUUAUCCUUACCUGUUGUUCUUGUCGGUGUUAUUCCUGGUGGCUACUUUGAUGGCAUACUUCCUGGUUCCGCAAUUGCGUGAUACGAAAGGAAUAAUUGUCAUGUCAUACGUCAGCUCUAUGGCCGUCUACUAUAUGGGACUGGGAAUUAUUCAGCUCUUUCCAGAAAUGCCGAAAAUAAUUUGCUCUUCCUUGCCGGUAUUGGUCCAUUUCGCCUGUUUGGCGACCUUCGCAUGGCUCAAUGUUUUAUGUUUUGACCUUUGGUGGGAUAUCAGGAAAUCGAUAAAUGCAAACGAAGACCCGGGUCGCCAAAGCCAACAUUCCGAAGACCCGAAAAGUCGACGACUAGUGUUUUAUUCCUUCUAUGGUUGGGGUGUACCGGUUAGCAUCAACAUCAUCGGACAAGUUCUCGAGAAUGUACAGUUUUUGCCGGAACACAUUGUCACACCCAAAUUUGACCAAUCGCAAUGCUGGUUCUUAAUUGAAAACCGUCCUCCACUCUUCGCCUACUUAUACGGGCCCGUGACGAUCAUGUUACUAGGUAACGCGAUUGUCGUUAUCAUGAUUGUGUUCGCCUUGUGUAAAAUCAGCAGAUACAGUGACGAGGCUCCCAUCAUCGUCAUUCCAAAUCUGUCAGGAGUUCGAAUCUCGAUGGGCUUAUUCUUGCUGAUGGUGGCACUGUGGAUGACCGAUUCUAUCUCGUUACUCACAGAGCAAUCUUUACUAACUUGGGUGAUUGCUGACACUGUCAACAUUUUAACGGGACUCACCAUCUUUGUCAUCUUUGCUUGCAAGAAACAAGUCUGGCAGGCGUUGAAGAAUCGUUGGCCUCAUUGCUGCUUUCUGGGUCGACCCCCUAGCCGACGUCCGAUUUUCCCGAAAUCGCAAAUCUCCGAAAUGCCGUCAGUCCCUUCCUUGUGCGAUAACACCGGAUCGCGUUUCAUCAUUUACAAUUCAAAAAUUUUCCGCCAAUCCGAACUGGCUGGCGAGUUUUCAUCUACGUCACAGGGUGAUUUACCAUCCAGUUACAACUCCAACUCGAGUGAUAAUCUUGAUCUAGAGGAGGACAUUGAAAUCGACGUCGACCUGUGGAACGUCGAUUUAGAUGCCAUUCAGGUGGACACUUCCAGGGGAAGUAGACCGAUAGACGAGAGGGAACACGUUAUAGUAUAAUAGAAUUAAGUUAACUACCCACGAACAAAAAGGAUGCUUUUUAACGGUUUAUUUAACGUUUAACGUAACGGUUUAUUAAAACUGUGGAAUGUAACAUAUGUAUUGCUUCUGUGUUUCUUUUUCAACAAUAAAUAUCGAUGGAUUCUGUAA